AUGACAACGCACAUAUUACGAUGUGUCUAUUCGAAAAAUCGAAAUUGUUUUCUUGGUAUUAAUCCAUUAUCAUUCAAUACUACGAAGAACGCUUCAGAUUUCAAUGUAUCAACUGUCCGAAUUAAAUUUCAAGAUAAUGAAUUAUAUUUUUCAACAAUAGCUGACUAUACCCUAACAAAUGGUCAAUUUUCAAUUAACGGAUUUUUUGCAGCUAAAAUCAAUAUUCAUAUUGAACAAUGGUAUGAAAUUGAAGAAACUAGUGAACCAUGUAAUGCACAAGCAAUGACAUUUUGCCCUUUGUCUGUUGACGAUUGGGAUAUCCUACAAUGCAAUACAGAUGUAACCGAACAAGUUUUUUUAAAUCAAGUUCGAAUUCUUUGGCCAAAUAUGACAUUUCCAAUAUGGUUAUCAGGCGUGGCUAUUGUGAUGCGUGUAGUUGUUAUUGAACCGUCCGACAUCAAAUACGCAUUAAUUUCUUCAACAACAAACGUUACCGUUGUACCAGAAUUUAGAGAACCUAAUGAAAACAAUUUACAAAUUAAAAAUCAUAAUUCACGCGUUGAAACAGAACCCAUACUAAACGACUCUCCAUCUUUAACUACUGUUCACGGCAAAAACGACAAUUAUAUAUCUUACAAUUUGUUAACAAGAAAAGUGGGAUCAUUUUUUCGUUCGCAAUUCGUAAAAACCUUUAACUUGAAUGAAAAAAAACAAGAAUUUUCUAUAUCUGAAAAUAAAUUAACACUUGUACCUGGUAGAAAUCGUCAUGUAUUUCGCGUACAAUUUGAUGAUAACAUCUCAUUUUCGCCAACACUUGUUCACAUUAAUCGAAAUGAUUGGUCAUCCGAAAGUAAUUGGCCAUCAUCAUUCGUUGUCAAAGCAACAGUCUAUCGUUCAUCAAAAGAAAUCAAAUCACCACCAGAUCAAACAAUACCCGAUCAUAUUCCCGUUUCAUUUUGCCUAAUUGUUAAAUUAAUCGAUGAUGAUGAAAACAAGUCUAUCGUAUUGAAAAACCAUAUCCUAUUAAAUAAAUUAUUUUGUCAGCAUAAUUGUAUCCGUCUGACAGACAAGAUAGUUAUUUCUAAUACUACAGUACCGCCACGACAACAUUGUAAAGUUGAAUUACUAACACAGUCACAAGAUGUACCAGUAUUAUUAACCAAACAUUAUUUUAUAGAAUGGAUUCGACGUGUUUCAACUACAGAGGAGCCCGUCCUUUUGUCAGAUAAUUUGCUUGUCAAAAUAGAUGAUACCUAUUAUACAGUUCAGUUAACCAACAGUAAUGAUAGUAGAAGCAGCGAUUUUGUACACAAAACUCAAACAGUAAAUUAUGUCACUGUCUGUGAGAAUAAUAUUGAACAGUAUGAUAUAUCCAUUGGUGAAAUGAAAGAAUUAAAACUCGAUUCAAUUGAGAAAUAUCGUCAAUUGCCAUUAAUUGAGCAGUUAUAUUCCAUCAGCAAUAAUUUACGAGGAAUGGAAAUUUAUACCGAACAUUUACUAAGUAUAUUCGAACUUCAGUUACAUUAUAAUACACAUUCAAUAUGGACUGAUCAUAAUUCACUACGAAAUGUGUUAAUUACAGGACGUUCGGGCAGUGGACGUAAAACAAUUUUAUUACAUUGUUGUCAACAUUUAUGGUUGAAACAUCUUAUCUAUUAUAAAUUAGUCGAUUGUUUAACAUUCAAAGGACGAAAAUUAGAAAAUAUCGUGACAUCAUUAACACAAUAUUUAGACGAUAUGGCAUUUCGAAAGCCAUCAAUACUUAUUUUAGAUCAUUUUGACGAAUUAUGUCCUAAUGAUACAUUAUUGACAGAUGCUAACAUCAUUUUGGCAACAAAAAAAUUAUGUCUAACUAUUCGUGAAUUAUUUGAUGACAUUCAAUAUUAUCAUCCACACUUUAUAAUUGUUGUUAUUGUAAAAAAUGUUUCUAGUAUAAACACAAUAUUUACAGAAAGUAUUCCCGUAUUUUUUACUGAAAAAAUAAAUAUAGAACAUUUAAAUAGUUCUCAACGACCAAUGAUUAUUGAAGAUAUAAUCGAUAAAAAACGACUGACAAUAGAUAAAACAUUAUUGAGUAAUAUUGUUAAUCGAACAGAAUCCUUUGUUAUUAAAGAUAUUCAAGCUUUAAUUGAUAAUGCAUUGUUACAUUUAUGGAUGAGUUUUGAAGAUCGUUCAUUGCAAGAAAUUGAUUUUGAAUAUGCAUUUGAUGAAUUCAAACCGAUUAAUGUUAAAAUGCUUGAUACAAGUAAAAAUCAUUUGUUUAAAUCGCAUUGGUCUGAUAUUGGUGGAAUGGACCAUAUUAAAACAGAACUUAUACAAACAGUUCAGUGGCGUUUUGAACAUGCAAACUAUUUUUCUAAAUCACCAAUUCGGCUUGUUUCGGGUAUAUUAUUUUAUGGCCCUUCUGGUUGUGGUAAAACACUUUUGGGUCAAACAUUGGCAAAUGAGUGUAAAGUUAAUUUUCUUCAAGUAAAAGGUCCAGAAUUGCUGAGCAAAUAUGUCGGCUCUAGUGAACAAAACAUUCGUGAUCUCUUUAAUAAAGCUCGUUCUGUAGCUCCGUGUAUGAUUAUGUUUGACGAAUUUGAAGCACUUGUACCGAAACGUGGUCGCGAUUCUGCAGGUGUUACUGACAGAGUGGUCAAUCAACUUUUAACAGAAUUAGAUGGUGUUGAAGCUCUAGGAGAUAUAUUUAUUGUUGCUGCUACAUCUCGUCCCGAUCUAAUUGAUUUAGCAUUAUUAAGACCUGGACGAUUAGAUAAACAUAUUUAUAUUGGUUUUCCAACAAAACAAGAUCUCUUAUCAAUAUUACGUAUUUGGACAUCGAAAAUAAUUUUAGCAGAUGAUGUUCAUUUUGAAGAAGAUGACUUUUUAACAAAAUGUGAAAUGUAUAUGGGUGCCGAUAUAAAGUCAUUGAUUUAUAAUGCACAAUUAGCUGCGUUUGAUGAACAAAUACAAUCAUCUACUAACACUAUCGAUAUGUUUUCUAAGUUACCACAAUCUACUAAAAUGUCCAUUGUUGUUUGUCAACGUCAUUUCGUUGAUGCAAUGAAGCAAACAAAAUGUUCAAUACCCGCACAAACAAGAACUGCCCAUGAGCAUUUUUAUCAAAAUUGGCGAAAACCUGUUGUAAUGACACAGCAAACAACAUCGUUAGCUUGA